CCUCCUCAACCCCAGCCCCUACGGUGUUCGACGACCAAGCAGUGGCUGGGGCUCUCCUCCGGAUCAUCACCGCAGCGUUAUAGUGCUCCUCCUCCUCCGCCGCUCGCGGAGCAGAGGAUCGUGCCUCUCCCGGAGAAGGUCAAGAAGAGCCGCCGGGGACCGAGGUCCCAGAGCUCACAGUAUCGCGGCGUCACGUUUUAUCGGAGGAUCAGGAGGUGGGAAUCGCAUAUUUGGCCCCCGGCUCUCUCUCUCUCUUCUAAUACGGAUUUCCUUCUGACUUGUACUACUGAAUUAUAGGGAUUGGAAGCGAUGGGUAUCGAAUUAUAGGGAUUGGAAGCGAUGGGUAUUGGAUUCGAAGCGAUGGAGCGAUGGGUAUUGGAUUCGAAGUGAGACAAUGGGUACUGGAUCAUCAAUUAGGCGGUAUAAAUUCUGGGUUUGGUGUUCUAAUCCAAACAGUUUGAUCAUCAAUUCUGGGUUAAUGGAUACCCAGAAUUGUACGAGCUUGGGCAAUCAACUAAUAAGUGAUUCCGAGGACUUACAAGGUAAAGAGCAGUGUGAUGAUUCUCAUUGUGAGCCUACUGAUGAUUUGCAUGUAGUGAAUGAAAUUGAAAACAAUGAAGAGGCAAUUGAAGAGGUCAUACUUGGAAAAGAGUUUAUAGAUGUUGAGAGUGCAUAUAAGUUCUAUAAGAAUUAUGGUGGCAAACAUGGAUUCAAUGUGAGGAUAAGAAACAGUAAAAAAAACAAUGAGAAUUUUGUGACAUGGGUGCGUUAUUGUUGUGCAAAAGAAGGUUUUCGAGAAAAGGACAAGCGUCAUACAAAUGCAUCUUAUUCUCAACCAGUUACAAGAUGUGGUUGUCAAGCGCAUCUGACCAUCCUACUGCAGAAGAAUGGAAAUUUCCAAGUUGUCUCAUUUCAGACAAGUCAUAAUCAUGCAUUGAUUAGUACUCCAAUGAAGCAUUUGCUUAAGGUCAAUAGAAGUAUAUCUGAGGCACAAAAGGCACAUGCAGAUGAUGCUGAACAUUCUGGUUUCUCCAUAAAAGCAACUGUGGAGUUGAUGAGUAGAGAAGUAGGAGGGCCAGAGAACCUUGGAUUUUCACAGAAGGAUUACAUGAAUUACAUACAUAGAAAGCGAAUGUCUAAAAUGGAAAAGGGAGAUGCAGGUGCUAUAUUGCAGACAAAUGAAUAUGGUCGACCCUUUGCACCGUUUGUGGGGGUUAAUCAUCAUAAGCAAACAACAUUGUUUGGUGCAGCUUUGUUAUAUGAUGAAACAACCGAAUCUUUUAUCUGGUUAUUUGAGACAUUCCUCUCUGCUAUGUCUGGUAAGCAACCAAUGACCAUUCUUACUGAUCAGUCUGCUGCCAUGGCUAGAGCAAUAAAAGAAGUUUUUCCACAAGCUACUCAUCGCUUCAAUUGCAUGUAUGACUAUGAGUUUGAGCAUGAGUGGCUAUUAGCAUGGAAUGGACUUCUUGAGAAAUAUGGCCUCAAGGAAAACAAGUGGUUGAAUAAUUUAUUUGAAUUGAGGGAAAAAUGGGCACUAGUGUAUGGGAGACAUACUUUCACUGCCGAUAUGAAAAGCACACAGCGAAGUGAAUGCAUGAAUAAUGUGCUUAAGAAAUAUUUGAAGCCAGAGCAUAAUCUUUUGCGGUUUUUCGAACAUUAUGAAAGAGUUUUGGCUGAUCGAAGAUAUCAAGAGUUGAUUGCUGAAUAUAAGAUGAUACAAACAACUCCUGUCUUAGCAGUAAGUGCACAUAUGUUGCAACAUGGAGCAGAGGUCUAUACUCCAAAGGUUUUCUUGCUGUUUCAGAAAGAAUUUGUGAGAAUUCAUAAUUAUAGUACUUACAAGGUUGGUAAGUCUGGGAUGACAUCAGAGUAUAUAGUAUCAUAUAGUUCUGAACAUAAUGAGCACUUGGUCAAAUAUGAAGCUUCAACACAAAAUGUUAAUUGUAGUUGUAAAAAGUUUACGUUUGUUGGGAUUUUGUGUGCUCAUGCACUAAAAGUUCUUGACAAGAAGAAUGUGAAGAAGAUUCCACCGCAAUACAUUUUAAAGCGAUGGACAAGAGAAGCCAAUAACCAGUCGCAUGUAAUCUGA